AUGACUGAGUUAUUGCGCUCUGCAACAGCCAGAUGUCCGCCUCCUCGGCAGGCCCGAGGGACGAGGCUUAAUACCAUAAUUGAGGAUUCUCGUGAGGGGGAAUACUCGGAAACACCGCGUUACCGAGAGGCUCGCCCAAACAAGAAUGCUUCUCAGCCACAGUUAAAAUUGAAGACCAGUGGUCUGGCGCUGGCGUCUAGACUAAACCGUCUGCUGUCUCCCUUAUCUGCUGGAACUACCUCCUCUUGCUCAGAUACCGAAUGGCAAAAUCAAAUGCAAACAUUUGAUGAUCUGUAUGAUGCAACCGACGAGGAGUCAGAGAUGAGUGAUGAGUGCACUUCGAUCUCGAGUACUCGCCCAACAAGUCUGCUGACCCCAACGACAAGAAAUUCGAUUUCGCCGACGAGUCGUAAUCGCUAUCCCAGUCUUACGAUUCCCUCGUCAACAAUAUGGCCGUCUCUUCAGGGUGCCCCGAAAAGCUCACCAAUUCCCCCAACGCCGCCCCCUAAGAUCCCAGUCUCCCCGGCAGCUUUAUCAUUUCUUGGCCAUUCCGUGCCGGCCGUGCAUGCUCCUCCGUCGCUGGACGGCAGUGUGUCAUCGGAUCAAGUCUCCAAUAUUAGUGCUCCAGCUACUCCAGAUGUCCAGUCACUUCCUGACAACGACUGGAAUCCGCAUGAAAUCCUUGUCCGGCCGGACCUCGAAGAUGAAGAAGAUGCCGACCUUCAAAAUCCAGAGACAAGCUCAGAUCUACAAAGUAUUGAAAUCGCGAUAGAGAAUACCGAAGAGGAUUGGCGACAGUUUCUCGGAAACUUCCCUCGAAUUCCUGGCCAAGCGAGAUCGCCACCCGUCGCUGACCCUGUGCGCGAAGAUACUCCCUCUGACACAGGCGUGUUUCUCCCUGAAGAUGCGUUGGCAAUGUUGAGACACAUUCCCCUGGAUGUGACCCCGGAUCCUUGGUCAGAGACUUCUGAAAGCAAUGAAGAGAUGUGGCAGAUCGAAACACCAGAGCGACCACGCAGUGCUGACGAUGCGACUCCCGCUUCAGACCUCUCUGGAUAUAGCUUCAGUAGACUCAGUAUACCCUCCCCUGGUGGCUUCUUUGCCUCCCUUGGUCCAAGAGCUCGUCACACUUGGUCGAUUCCCAAGUUAAACAACAUUCCUUCAUCUGCGAUAGCUGAGAGGUUUUACGAUCUACCAUUCACCAGGACCGAAGGGGAAAUCGUUGAGCAGAUCAUUGAAUGUCCUGAGAGGUCAAUUGAUGAACAGCUAACAGCUGUUUACGAUCCAAGAGGACCCCCGACUGCGAUCAGGAUCCCUUCUGAGGACCCAGCGCCACAUUUAGAACAUGCAGAAAGUCCAGUUAGUGACGACGUCGAUGGUGUGCAUGAGAUUGCAAGACCAGGCAUGUACAAUCCGGAGGAGCGAGAUGAGAACUAUGAAGAUGAAUUGCAAAAGAAGGCAAUGGCAAGCCUAGACCGAACUAGCGUUUGGCUCGCAGCGCAGGCUUCGUAUCUUGCUGCCCUGUGUGAAACGAAUCCCGCCAAUACCCCAGUAAGCGAAAGAGAAGACUGUAUCGCAAUCGCGGAGAGUGUGACACAAGCCGUAGCACAAGUCGUGUCCCAAAAGUCCGUACGAUUUGACGAGACAGUUCCAGAAGCUCCCAGCUCCCAGCCUUCUGCGCUGGCAAGCAAGGACUCAAUCUAUUGGAGGGGGUUCCAGUCUAUUCGGCGACGUGCUAGAAACACAGACACUUUCAUGCACCGAACCAUGCGCUUCGACGCCGUGCAAUCUAUUCGACUGGGUCUGCCCAAUACACAUACAAAUUGUUUAUUGGGCAAUUACGAAUUAGUUCGUCCCGGACGGCCUCCUUACAGAGGUCCAUUCUCCCAAGCACCCCGCGAUUCAGUCGUGGGUUCCAUCUUGGAGGAAAAAGCGCAGUUUUCCAUGCUGGAGAAGGAGCAGUUAGUGCUUACCCAGAUUAGUGAGCCUAUGUGGGCCAUGGAGGCCCUUCGAUACCUCAAUGGUGGUCGUCUGAUUGCUAGUCCUGCUUUCAAACGACUUGCUAAGUCGAAGGCAGUCUCAACAGACUCUCAAAGAUCUGGUUCACGUCGCAUUAGAGUUCUGGAUCUCGGGGGUCAUGCUUCGUGUGAGUGGGCAUGGCAGAUUGCACAUGACUACCCUAACGUCAAGGUUUACACCGUCUUCACCGAGCACCAGGCAUUUAACCGUGGCAUCAAAGGGCCCGCGAACCACCGUCAAAUUUCCGUGCAAAAUCUGUGGCAACUGCCAUUCUCUAAUAAUAAGUUUGACGUGAUCUCUACCCGUUCACUGCCAGCCCUAUUGAAGAGCGAACGUAGCUCCGGUGACCAGCAAGACGAAUAUGAACUUUGCCUUCAAGAAUGCCGUCGCUGCCUCAAGCCAGGUGGAUACCUAGAAUUCUUCGUGAUGGAUGCACAGAUAUCGCGCGGAGGGCCUUACGCAUCUGCCACGUCCGUUGAGUUCGCAUACAACCUCAAGACGCGAGGCUACGACCCAACCCCUACGAAGAGCUUCCUCGGGCGUCUGCAGAAAGGUGGUUUUGUAGGGGUCAAACGAGCUUGGAUGUUCUUACCAAUGGGAAACGAGCCGGCAGUCUCCCCUGUUCCCAGGGAGACACCCGAGCCUAGAGUCAAGAGCCACAUCAGCGAAUGUGAAGCGGUUCAGGGCCCGGUCGGCAGCACAGCUGACGCUGCAAGUGUCACUGGCCUGUUUGGUGGGUGGAUUUGGGAACAAUGGCUUCUCAAGUUGCAAAUCGAGAUGGGUCGAGAGCAGGGGAGGUUGCUAGAAGGAAUCGGAAGCGUUUUCGACGAGGGUCGCAAGAACGGAGCUGGUUGGACAUGCUUUUUCUUCAAGACCCUCACAAACCAAACCGUGAUUAUUGAGCUCAAAAACGACAUUCGUAUCCGCGGAACACUGAAAUCCGUCGACCAAUACCUCAACAUCAAGCUCGACGAUGUCGACGUCCUGGACCUGGACAAGUACCCUCACCUCUCGUCCGUGAAGAACAUGUUCAUCCGUGGUAGUGUGGUUCGCUACAAGGCGGACGGCCCGCCGCAAGCCACAUCUCGACAGUCUCGGAUUACGCAAUUUGCAACGAAAGCAGACCGACCGACGGGUAACGGACAGGGCAGUUCAUCUCUCCGGCGGGAAGAUAGCUCUAAGAGUAACGGCGGUGGCGGGUUGUUCUUAGAUGAUCGGAAUGGAAAGAAGCCGGCCUCAAUAGAUCCUAGUACGCCUCCGCGGUCCCGGUCCCGGACACCUGAUGACAUCUGGGGUGAAGAUGAUGGAGACCUCGUGGCUCCAAAGGAGGAGGAGAGAUAUAACGAGAAUGGGUCUGCGGUUAAGAAGCGUAAGGUCCAGUCAGAGUCAUCCUCUCCUCGGACCGAUCAGGUGAAGGAUGAAGUCUCUUCGACAACGCCUGCACCCGCAAAAUCGCGAAAGGUCAGCGGACCGUUUAUCGAUGAGUCUGAUAGUGAGGAGGAUAUGGGGGCAUUUGGAGAUUUAGGUGACGAGCCAGCGGUCUUGACAAAGCCCGAAGCCAAGAAGGAUGUAACGGGCGUUGAUAAUGACCGGAACGAUGAUGAUCAAACUUCCGAUGUCGCCGUACCCUCAUUGGUAAGAGAAGCCACGAGCCAUAUCGAAGAUGAUGAACUUGCGAAUUUUGACGAUCUAGAAGAGGACGAUUUCGGAGGGGAAGAAGGACUCUUAGACCAGGAAAACGACGACGACGAAGAAGAACCCGAAGAGACGAUAUUUGGUUUCGACGACUCGAACGAUUUGCCAGCUCUAGAGGAGUGCGAUGUGGAUCCUGGCGGUAUUGUAGCAGUGUGCCCAAUAUGCCAGAUCGAGUUGGUAGGCUUGAGUGACGUUGACGUGUCGGUGCAUGUCAAUGAUUGCCUUGAUGGGAAACCUAGCACUGUUUUGCCAAAACUGAAGCCCGACACAGCGGCAAUGGCGCUGACGCGCGCGGAACUCGCUUCCAUUGCAAGACCACCACAAAAUGAUCCAUAUUCCUCCGGCACAUCCAAGACAGCAUCCGCUUUCUCGAAGCUUAUGGCAGGUAACGCGGAAGAUACAGCAUGGACAGUCGCGGCGGCCAGGGAAGUUAAGUCUAGGGGCAAGCAGGCAUAUCAACGAACUUGUCCAUUCUACAAGAUUAUUCCGGGCUUCUCGAUCUGUGUGGAUGCUUUUCGUUAUGGAGCAGUCGAAGGAUGCAAUGCCUACUUUUUGAGCCACUACCAUAGUGACCACUACAUAGGCCUCACGGCCUCUUGGCGCCAUGGACCCAUCUACUGCAGCAAAGCUACUGGCAAUCUCGUUCGCCAACAGCUCAAGGUAGACCCGCGAUGGGUGGUGGAUUUAGAAUUCGAGAAGACUACAGAGGUCCCCAAUACUGGGGUUCAAGUUACUUUGAUCGAGGCCAAUCAUUGCCCCGGAAGCGCCAUUUUUCUCUUUGAGAAGGCCAUGGGGUCUGGCCCGUCCAAGAGGAUUCAGCGGGUUCUGCAUUGUGGCGAUUUCCGAGCAUCUCCGACCCAUGUGCAACACGCCCUUCUUCGCCCCGAGGUGGUCGACUCCGUCACGGGACAGAAACGGCAGCAAAGGAUAGAUGUGUGCUACUUGGAUACUACGUAUCUGAGUCCCAAGUACUCCUUUCCUAGUCAAAUCGAUGUCAUCGAAGCCUGCGCGGAGCUCUGUGUUAGCCUUGACCAAGGCGAGGACGAAGGCCCUGCGCCGUGGCAGUCACAAAAGGCAAAUAAAGGAGGCGGGAGUAUCAUGAGUAAAUUUUUCAACUCUGUGACGGGAUCGGGAAAGAUACAGGAGAGAUCGUCUCGCCCGCAAGGCCGAUUGUUGGUCGUCAUCGGCACGUAUAGUAUCGGCAAAGAGCGCGUAUGUCUAGCCAUUGCCCGAGCCUUGAAGAGCAAGAUUUAUGCCACUGCGGGCAAGCAACGAGUGUGUGCUUGCCUGGAGGAUGCCGAGCUUUCUUCGUUGUUAACGGAUGACCCUGUGGAGGCCCAGGUGCAUAUGCAGACGCUGUUCGAGAUCCGCGCUGAAACGCUGGCCGACUACCUGGAUUCGAUGAAGCCGCACUUCACUCGCGUGGUAGGAUUCCGCCCGACAGGAUGGACAUACCGUCCACCCACAGAGAGGAUGUUGGACAACCCGCCCGUCUCAACGGUGCUACAUUCUGCUCAUUGGAAGACGCCUUUCACCGCACGCGACCUGGUGCCCCAGCGCGGAAGUACGCGUGAAAGCGCGUGCUUUGGAGUGCCGUACAGCGAACACAGCUCGUUUCGGGAACUGACGAUGUUCUGUUGUGCGCUCCGGAUCGGACGGGUGAUCCCUACGGUAAACGUUGGCAGCCGGAAAAGUCGGGAGCGAAUGAAGGCAUGGGUUGAGCGAUGGGAGGCGGAGAAGAGGAAGAGUGGAUUGACAAUACCCGCCAUGAUUGCCGAGCUCCUGACGCCAACCGGCGCAGCGUAUGUGCUCACCGCCGCCGUCUUCGUGUACUAUAUCCUGCCCUACCUGCAGCUAUGGCGCUUACGCGAUAUACCCUCGCCCGGCUUCGCCGCAUUCUCCAACCUGUGGCUGAUGUUGCAAGCCCGCCAGGGGCACCGCUUCAUCACUGUCGACAACGCCCAUAAGAAACAUGGCAAACUCGUGCGCAUUGCACCCAGGCAUAUCUCCAUUGCCGACGACGAGGCUAUUCAGGCUGUUUACGGACACGGAAAUGGAUUCCUUAAGGCUGACUUCUACGAUGCCUUCGUCUCUAUCCGCCGCGGUCUCUUCAACACCCGCGACCGCGCUGAACACACCCGUAAGCGCAAGACCGUGAGCCACACCUUCUCCAUGAAAUCCAUCGGCCAGUUCGAACAAUACAUCCAUGGAAAUGCCGAGCUCUUCGUGAAACAGUGGAACCGCCUCGCCGAUACCCAAGCUAACCCCAAGACCGGCUACGCGACCCUGGACGCCCUGAACUGGUUCAACUACCUCGCCUUCGACAUCAUUGGUGACCUCGCCUUUGGUGCCCCCUUCGGUAUGCUCGAGAAGGGCCAGGACAUCGCUGAAAUGCGCUUGAACCCGAACGACAAGCCCAGCUAUGUGCAGGCCGUCGAAGUCCUCAACCGCCGUGGUGAAGUCUCUGCUACCCUGGGUGCCUGCCCCAGUCUCAUUCCCUGGGCGAAGUUUAUCCCCGACCGCUUCUUCAAGGAUGGACUCGAGGCUGUGCAGAAUCUGGCUGGUAUUGCGGUCGCGCGGGUGAAUGAGCGUCUUCGUCCGGAGGUUAUGGCGAACAACACUCGUGUGGACUUGCUGGCUCGUCUUAUGGAGGGCAAGGAUUCCAAUGGAAACAAGCUUGGCCGCGAGGAACUUACAGCCGAGGCGCUCACGCAGCUGAUUGCCGGUUCUGAUACUACGAGUAACACCUCCUGUGCUAUUUUGUACUGGUGUCUGCGCACUCCUGGGGUUAUUGAGAAGCUGCACAAGGUGCUCGACGAGUCGAUUCCCAAGGAUGUGGAUGUGCCCGUUCACGCAAUGGUUAAGGAUAUCCCCUAUCUCCAAUGGGUCAUCUGGGAAACAAUGCGUAUCCACAGCACUUCCGCCAUGGGCCUUCCCCGUGAAAUUCCUGCCGGUAACCCCCCGGUCACAAUCUCAGGCCAUACCUUCUACCCUGGCGAUGUCGUCUCCGUGCCCAGCUACACCAUCCACCGCUCCAAGGAAAUCUGGGGUCCCGAUGCCGAGCAGUUCGUCCCCGAGCGCUGGGACCCCAAGCGUCUGACUGCCCGCCAGAAGGCCGCUUUCAUCCCCUUCAGCACUGGUCCCCGCGCCUGUGUCGGCCGGAACGUCGCGGAGAUGGAGCUGCUCGUCAUCUGUGGAACUGUCUUCCGGUUGUUUGACUUCGAAAUUCAGCAGGAUGGACCCAUGGAGACGAGGGAGGGAUUCCUCCGCAAGCCUCUGGGACUCAUGGUUGGAAUGAAGAGGAGACGUGUUGCUGCUUAG